AUGAGUAACGAUAACAACAAGAAACAAGAAAACUUUAUUGAUUGUAGAAAAUUAAAGAUAGAAGAAUUUGAAUUUUCACAAGGAUCAUUUUCUAAAGUGUACAAGGGAUAUUACCCAAACAGACCAGUAUGUGUAAAAGUGAUCAAGAAAGAUAAUGUAGAUCCUGAUCUAUUGGUUUUUAUAAAUAGAGAGAUUGAUAUAUUAAAAGAUUUAAUUUUGAUGAGACAUAAAAAUAUAGUAGAAUUUAUUGGAGUUGGUGAAAAAGAGAAAUUAUUAUUUUUGGUUACAGAAUUGGUUAAUGGAGGUGACUUGGGUGCAAUACUUAGAGAUGACAGUAUUCAAAUUCCUUGGAAUUUAAAAUUACAUAUGGCAAGAGGUAUUGCUGAAGGAAUGAAAUUCUUACACUUUAAAAAUAUUAUGCAUCGUGAUUUAAAAUCAAAUAAUUUAUUGGUUGGUGAAAACUGGGAAAUUAAAAUAUGUGAUUUUGGAUUUGCAAAAAUAAUUACACCACAAACUUUAACAACAACUAUUUGUGGAACUGAUGAAUGGAUGUCACCAGAGGUAAUAUUAGGUAUGCCAUAUAGUUAUUCAAGUGAUAUUUAUAGUUAUGGUAUGGUAUUGGUUGAAUUAAUUACACAGUAUAGAUUGGAACAAAGAUUACCACAAAACAAUUUUGAUGUGGAUGUUGAUUUAUUGUCAUCUAUGGUUCCAGCUGAUUGUCCAGAAAGAUUAUGGAAAUUGGCGCUCAAAUGUGCUUCAUAUUAUCCAAAGGAUCGUCCAUCAUUUGAUGAGAUUAUUCAAGAAUUAGACUCAACCUCUCAGGAAUGGUUGGCAACUGCAAAACCUGAAGAUACCACUUAUCCACCAUCCCCACACUCCAUCCUCAAUCCAAACUUUGACGAUGAAAAUUGUAUGGAUCAUUGGUGUGUUUUAUCCAACCUUCCAGAUAAUUGUCUAGACUCACCACCCAGCAAUAAUCUCAGAGCUACCACAGCCCUCUUGACCAAGAGUCUUGGUAGCUUCAUUAUGCGUAACAAACCAACCCUUUCACAAUCAACAGUCAAUGUGACUCCACCAUCCAAAGCACCAUCAUUCAAUGAUUCUAUUGAUGAUGAUUACAAUGACUCUACCAACAACAACACUAAACACCAACAAUGCAACAACAACAACAACAACAACAACAACAAUGAACGAAUAAGUGGAGGGAUAGAUAUCAUAAAGAAGGUGGGAUGGGAUGAAGAUGAUUCUUUUGGGCUUUCAACUAGUCCAUUUGAACUCAUAGACCAUCUACAAGCAAAAUGUAUAAUUGUAAAUAAUAAUGAUAAUAACAGUAUAGAUAAUAACAAUCAUAACAAUAAUAAUAGUGAUGAAGAAAGUGAUACAUCUACACCACCUACACCAUCAUAUCAUUUAGAUGAAGAUCAAUUUGAGAAUAUUGAAAUGAUUAAUAAUAAUAAUAAUAUAAAAGAAAAGAAUCAACAACAAAUAAUUGGUACACCAAUCAUUGGAAAGAUAUCAAGAAGUAUUCAUUCAAUCAUUGUGAAUAGUCAUCCAAAAGGAAAUGAGGAUGAGGAUGAUGAUAAUAAUUAUACCUGUGCUGCUGACAACAAACAAGAAACUCUGCAUCAUCAAGAUACACCAACCAUAUCUGUUUUAUUUGGAAGAAGAGGCAAUUAUUUUGAUGAUUAUAGUCAAGAGGAGGAAGAGGAGGAUCAAAAGGUACCAGAGAACACUCUCACUACACCAAUCAAUGAAAGACUUUUCAACUAUGAAUAUCAUGAACUCAAAGACAAUGGUAAUUUCCUACCAAAUUAUUUAUGGAAUGUUGAAGAUACAACAAGUUCAUCUUCACCAUCUUUGAAAAGUAGUAGUAGUAACAACAAUCAAAUCAAUAAUAUAAUUAAAGACUAUGAAUAUGCUAAAGAAGAAGAAUAUAAAGAUUGUGACGAUGACGACGAUGAUGACGAUGAUGAUGACGACGAUGACGAUGACGAUGAUGAUGAUGAUGACGAUGACGAUAAUCACUUGAUUGGUAAUAAUAACAGUAUUAAUAAUAGUAGUAGUAUAAUAAGAAGAGGAGAAGAAAAUAACAAAGUUGAAAUGAUUAAAAAUAAUAUUGAGAAUAAUUUAAAGAUAGAAUGCGCAACUCGUAAACCAUGUGUUGGUGAAACAUGGUAUGUCAUUAGUAUCAAUUGGUUCAAUCGAUGGAUAAAAGGAGGUAUUGGUCAGCCAGAUCUAGGAAUGAUAGACAAUUCGUCCAUUGUUUUUCCAGCGUCGUCAUCGGUCAUUCCAACCAUCAGCAGCAGCAGUUCCAACCAUUCUGAAGCUUCAUCAGGCAAAUACAUUGAAACACUCAACGACAUCGAACUACUACCUAAUCUCUGUGAAAACUUUCACUUUGCGGUGGUACCAGACAAUGUUUGGAGAUUCACCAUUGCACACUAUGGCGGUGGACCAGAAAUUGCAAGACGAUACAUAGCCGAUAGCUCGAAUCUUGGUGGUGGGGUAAAACUUGAUCUAAAGGUAUCGAUUGUACUAAAUUUUUUGAAAUCAUCAGAUCUGUCUCGAGAGAUUAAAGUUAGAUUUAGAAUUGAAGAAAAGGUUCAAGUUAUUCAAAACUAUAUCUGUACACGGUUCGGACUAAAUAAUAACCAUGUCCGACUUUGGGAUUAUUAUGGUUAUCAAAAACAAUGUCAAUUCAUUGAUCCAUCUGAAAAAAUUAUUAAUUUAAAUCUAGUUGAUAAUCAACAUAUAUUAAUUGAAGAAAUUAAAUAA